AUGGCCUCUCCGCUUCUCCCUCUCAAACCUCAUCUCGGCUCUCUGGACCUAGAAUCCCUCUCCCCAACCACAUCCGCCGCCUCCUCUCUUCAACCCUCACGUAAACGCCCCUCCCGAGCACAACCCACCACUAUCGACCCAGACCAGCGCUCCGGACCCAUCGCCACCCGCCGACAAGAAAUCCAACGCCAGUACCGCCUCUUCUGGUCCACCAUCCUCGCCUACACAGGACAACUCUUCAUCGUCCUCUCCAUUGCCGAGAUGUCAUCGAUGGUUCCCCUCGGCGGCGGACAAUACCGUUUCGUAUCCGCUUUUGCACCUCCGAAGUUCGAACGUAUGCUAUCUUACAUCACCGGCUGGAUCUGUUCUGUCGGAUGGCAGACUCGCUUCACCGCACACUGCUACAUUAUCGCCAACAUGGGUCAAGCACUUAUUGAUCUGCAAGCUCGACCCACGGGAACGGGGACUUGGUUCUUCCACCUCACCGUCAUCGCUGUCGCCAUUCUCCUCUCCUGCUUCAACGCCUUCGCAGCUGGCCAUCUCUCCAUCGCUGAAGGUGUCUUCGCCAUCUGCCAUGUCUUCGUGCUUGUACCUAUCCUCGCGAGUCUCUGGGUUCUGGCCGACAAAGGCGACUUUCACUAUAUCUUCUUCAAACUCACGGAUAACGGCGGCGGCUGGCCAUACACGGGACUUUCAGCCUGCGUGGGACAGCUAACGAGCAUGUUUAUCAUGUUGGGUAGCGAUGCGAUGGUGUACAUUUCUGAGGAAGUCGAGGAAGCAGAGUUCAUCGUACCGAGCAGUAUGGUGUGGAGUUAUGUCGCCAACCUGCCAAUGACUUUUGCUUUACUGGUGACUUAUAUCUACAACGUUGGGGAUUUGAGAGAAGUGGUGAGGUCGCCGCAUCCGUUGGUGCAUGUUUUUGAGACGAUGUUGGAUUCCAGGAAUGCUACGAUUGCAUUCUCAGUCAUCGUCAUGGGCCUCCUCAUCAUGAUCGCAGUCAGCACCAUGGUUGCAACCUCGCGCCAUCUCUUUUCCUUUGGCCGCGACCGCGCCCUCCUCUUCGCACCCUUCAUCUCCCACGUUCACCCAAGCCUGAAAGUCCCCCUGAACGCCAUCCUCCUCACUCUCUUCACCACCUCCAUCAUUUCCCUCUGCACAAUGGGCACAGUCUCAACCCUCCACACCAUCCUCGGUCUCUCAACAAGCUGCUUUAUGGCGAGUUACAGCGUCUCGAUCGGAUGCCUCAUCCGCAAGCGAUGGAUAGGGGAAGAGUUGCCAACUUGCAGGUGGAGCCUGGGCAGAGCAGGAUUGUGGGUAAAUGUCCUCGGUUGGAUGUAUGCGGUUUGGGCGUUGUUUUGGAGUUUCUGGCCGACGAGGUAUGCGAUUCAGCCGAGCAAUGCGAAUUGGGCGAUUGUUUUCUUUGGUUGGACUGUGGUGGCGGCGAGUGCGUUGUUUUUGGGCGCUGCGAGGAGGGAGAGGAUGGGAAGGAGAGGGACGAUGGGGAGGAGGGGGAAGAGUAUUUGA